AUAUUUAAUUUAAUUAUAGAAAAAAUAAAUUCGACAAAUAUUUGUGGGGUAGCACAAAUUAAUAAUGAACACAUUUUUACAACAAACAUUCUCCAAAGAGGUCUUAAAAAAGACGAAUAUAAGUUUCUUCUCAUCACAACUGAUUUGGUUGCUUGUUCCAUUGUUACACGAAAAAGUUACAGAUAUUACAGAUUCAAGUUACAAACGAUGAUGCUACAUCUAUUGGCUUUUUGUUUCCUCGCAGUGGCAUUUGUUAGCGCAGAGAAAGAAAGUCGGGUUUGUGAGCACCAAGUGAUGACAAUAACCUGCCGUGAUACAGAGGAGAUCAAUAUUCUGAGUGCAUCGUAUGGACGCACAAAGCAGGACAUGUGUAGUCAUAUACUGAACAAAGACACGAACUGCCAUGCUGGGACCUCAAUGAGGGUGGCUAGGUUUGAGUGCCAGGGACAGCCCCGCUGCACUCUGCACGCUAAGAACUCGGCCUUUGGAGACCCGUGCGUUGGGACCUUUAAAUAUCUUGAGGUAAAGUAUGAGUGCGUUCAUAAAACAGAACUCUUUGAUGAUGGCUGGCUGGUGAGAGUUUGCGAAGGCGCCAAACAAACAAUUCAUUGCAAAGCUCCGCAGAAACUUCACAUCGUGUCCGCAAACUAUGGUCGUUUGACUGGGGGACAUAUCUGUCCCGGCCCGGUAAAAACCACAAACUGCGGAGCUGCUGUAUCGCAGGCUAAAGUGACACAUAAUUGCGACGGAAAGCAAGAAUGCGUUUUGGAGGCAACAAACGGCCAGUUUGGUGAUCCUUGUGUUGGCACCAGAAAGUAUCUAGAGGUCAGGUACAGGUGUGUUCAUGAAUGGUCCCGUUGAGUUUGACCCCGAAGAUUGAACUGAAAGUUAACUAACUUAAACAAAAAAUGAUCAAAAAUGUAGCUUGUAGUUUCCCUCAUGAGAUCAUUAAACUUUCUGUUGACGCUCA